GUAAUCUCGGCGGCAAGCAGCCAGAGUGCAGCCUCCAACUUUGUCAGACGGACACACGCAGAAUGGAGACAAGCUGACGCACCGUUAUUCUCCGGACCGUUAACUUUUCUCCUCCCGUUUCAGUCCACAUACUACAAAAAGAGCGGGGAAAUCACUUAACAUUAGUUGUGUAUUUUUAUUUUUAUUUUUGCCCCAAAUUACGCACGAUGCGCAAAAGGAUGGCUUCUCGUCGAAGACAGAAAACAGGAGUCCAAGCUGUUUUAUACGUCUGCCUUUCUAUUUCAGUGGUUUUUUCCUACAACAUAGACUUAGAACAUCCUGUGGUUUUCCGUGGACCUAAUUCGAGUUUUUUUGGCUACUCGGUGCUGGAGCAUUACCACGACAACACACGCUGGGUCAUAGUCGGGGCCCCCAGGGCCAACUCGACCUACAGUAUGUCGGUGCGCUCUCCUGGUGCUGUGUUCAAGUGUCGGCUGCACAGCAACCCUGAGCGUCGCUGCACAGAGAUGGACUUGGGAAGAGGAAACAGGCCCCGAGAGUCUUGUGGGAAGACGUGCCAAGGGGACAGAGACGACGAGUGGAUGGGAGUAAGCCUGGCCCGCCAGAACAGAGCCGACGGCAGAAUACUGGCGUGUGCCCAUCGCUGGAAAAAUGUCUACUACGACUCGGAGCACAUCCUGCCGCACGGAUACUGCUCCAUCAUUCAGCCCAAUCUCCAGGGCAGGACGCGGCCCCUCAUUCCUUGUUAUGAAGAUUAUAAGCAGAAGUACGGGGAAGAGCACGGCUCCUGCCAAGCAGGGAUAGCGGGCGUUUUUAUGGAGGAGCUGGUGGUGAUGGGAGCUCCGGGGUCUUACUACUGGACCGGGACUAUUAAGGUUUACAACCUGACCUCUGACACCUUCUACAGUCCAAACAAAGAUGAGGUCAACUCCCACAGAUACAGCUACCUUGGCUAUGCUGUGACCGCGGGACAUUUCUCCUCUCCCAAAGCAAUCGACAUAGCCGCAGGGGCCCCUCAGCACAACGGCAGCGGGAAAGUUUACAUCUUCAAGAUUGACGGUGUGUCGUUGGUGAAGAGUUUUCAAGCCUCAGGGAAAAUGAUGGGCUCUUACUUUGGCUCCUCAUUGUGUGCAGUUGAUUUGAACCAGGACGGCCUGUCAGACCUGCUGGUGGGGGCACCCAUGCACAGCCAGCUACGGGAUGAGGGCCGAGUGUCUGUGUACCUCAGCAAGGGCAACGGCGUGAUGGAGGAGCAGGCUGUUUUAACGGGGGACAACUCUUACAACGCUCACUUUGGAGAGUCCAUUUCCCCGAUUGGAGACAUCGACGAUGACGGCUACCAAGAUGUUGCCAUAGGAGCGCCCAAGGAAGAUGACUACAGAGGAGCUGUUUAUAUCUACCAUGGGGAUGCCGCAGGAAUCAUCAGAAAAUACUCAAUGAAAAUAACUGGGCGCAGUGUCAGUCCUGGUCUCCAGAUGUUCGGCCAGUCCAUAUCUGGCAGUGUGGACAUGGACGGCAACGGAUACACAGAUGUCACAAUUGGAGCUUUUAUGGCAGACAGUGUUGUGCUUCUGAGGUCCCGGCCUGUCAUUACGGUGGAUGUCUCCAUCUUCUUGCCUGCGUCCAUCAACAUCUCUGUGCCUCAGUGUCAUGAGGCUCUCCAGAACAUAAACUGCUUCAACGUCACGGUCUGCAUGCGCUUCCGUGGGCGUCAACUUCCAGGACAAAUAGAGUUGCUGUACAACCUGACGGCUGAUGUGGAUAAGAGACAAAAGAGCCUGCCGUCCCGCGUCUACUUUAUUCAGAGCGGCUCUCAGAUCAGCCAGAAGAGCCAACAGCUCAGCCUGGACAUCAACAAGGAGGAGUGCCAACGCUACACAGCCUACGUCAAAAAAGACGCAAAGGACGUGUUUACGGCCAUCGCGUUUGAGGUGGCAUACAGCUUGGGGAAGCAUGUACUGACCGGACACCAAGAGCGAGACAUGCCCGCCCUUACCCCGGUGCUACGAUGGAGGAAAGGACAGAAGAUUGCAGUGAGAAAUGAGACUUGGUUUGAGAAGAACUGCCUGUCGGAUGACUGUGCUGCUGACCUGAGGCUCCAUGGGAAGCUGCUACUCUCUGGGGCCCAUAGCAAGCCCCAUUUGGCCCUCGGAGGAGUAAGGAACGUCUCGUUGAACCUGACCAUCGCUAACGCCGGUGACGACGCUUAUGACACCAACAUCUAUCUCAACUUCUCCCGAGAGGUUUUCUAUAUCAACUUCUGGCAGAAGGAAGAGAAGGGUAUUUCCUGUGAACUCGUCGACUUGGAUUUCCUCAAGUGCAGCGUGGGAUUUCCCUUCAUGAGAGCGCAGACCAAGUAUCAUUUUGCAGUCCUUUUUGACACAACUCAACUUUCUGGGGAAAAUGACACACUGCAGUUUUUGGUGCAAGCCAAGAGCGCCAACCCUGAGCACAAACUCUCUGACAACAAUCUGGACAUCUCCAUCCCUCUUGUUCAUGAGACAGACACAACUAUUACUGGCAUGGUGACACCUAGCUCCUUUGUGUAUGGAAACUCCAUCGACUCGUCGCGAUUCAUCCAAAUAGAAGAGAUGGAAUGCGACUUUCAGCCUCUCAAUCUCACUUUCCAGGUGAUAAACAACGGGCCCAGCCGGCUGCCAGGCUCCACUGUGGACAUCAGGAUCCCCAACCGACUUGCUGGCAACGGAGCGGACAUGUUCCACGUGGUUGAGACGCAGGUGGCAGACGGCCGAGGAAACUGCACCCCACACAGGAACCCGACACCCUGCUCCAUCCCGCAAGACCGAGAGAGCAUCUUCCACUCCAUCUUCGCCUUCUUUACCAAAUCAGGCCGCAAAGUCUUGGACUGUGACAGGCCGGGGAGAGCGUGCAUGACCAUCUCCUGCAGCUUAGGUCCGCAGCUCAAAGAAGAAGCUUUGAGUAUAGACACCAAACUUCUGCUCAAUACGGAAAUACUGAAAAGGGACUCUUCCUCUGUGAUUCAGUUAGUGGCACGAGGCCACGUACAAGUGAAUGACAGGACUGUGGAGGUGCCAAAAGGCCUACCAGAAGACAUCUCUCUGAUCUUUGAGGCCCUCCACAGUCAGGAGCCCCGAGGUUACGUGGUGGGUUGGAUCAUCGCCAUCAGUCUGCUGGUUGGGAUCCUCAUCUUCUUGCUCCUUGCUGUGCUGCUAUGGAAGAUGGGUUUCUUCCGUCGGCGAUACCGCGAGAUCAUCGAGGCCGAGCGGAACAGGAAGGACAGCGAUGAAAGCUGGGACUGGAUGGAGAAGAACCACUGAGAUUGCUGGUGGUUCUGGUGGCCAAGUGGUGUUUGGAGUUUGGGUCACAAGUGGAUCCAAAAAACUCAGAGCUCCUUUGCGGCCUCGGUGGCUCCAGGCCGGUCAAACCUUCCAUAUGUGGAAGAAGAAGAAGAAUAUUCUCCUAAUUUUCUGGAGACUUUUUUUUUGUGGGAUGGGGA